AUGGUUACCAUGGCAAGUUCAUGCUCAAUUCUUUCUCCGCAUAUAGCCUUGCAACGCAUUCGCAUUCCACGCAUAUUCAACUAUAACUACACGUGUAACUUUCCCAAAGCCACAACGACCGUAACCGUUUCCCAUCAAUUUUCCUCUUUCGGUUUUCCCGGUAAAUCUCCGCGUGACACCACCGCCGUCAUCGCCACUUCAUCCACUGACGACAGCGGCGUCACGUCUCAAGAUCUCGCAGUUUUUCUCGAAGUCCAUGGGGUUCUUGUGGAUGCAGGUGUAGGGAAUCGCAUAGCCUUCAAUAAAGCAUUUGAGAAACUUGGACUUGAUUGUGCGAGCUGGAGCGAACCUGUCUAUUCAGAUCUUUUAAGAAGAAGCAUUGGAGAUGAGGAAAAAAUGCUAUUCUUGUAUUUUAAUCGAAUUGGGUGGCCUUCGUCAUUACCCACAAAUGAGAAGGGACUCUUCACAAAAAGUGUUUUACUGGAAAAGGAAAAAGCUUUGGAAGAGUUUGUGACCUCAAAGAGUCUACCUCUACGGCCUGGUGUUGAACAGUUUAUUGAUGAUGCAUACAAUGAAGGAAUUCCAGUGGUAGUAUUAACAGCCUACACUAAAAGUGGUGAUAAUAUUGUGAGGAGCAUAUUAGAAAAGCUUGGUAAUGAUCGAAGCAAAAAGGUGAUUAUUGUGGGGAUUAAGGAGGCUGAGCAAAGUUUAUAUGGCCAACUUAUCUCAGGAAAGGUGAUUGCUUAUGGUUUGGAUGAAGAGCUUGCCAAGGAAGCCACAAGAGCGGCUUCUGCUGAGAAACAAAGACUGGCAAAGGAGGUAGCAUCCAUGCUAAAUUUGAGUGUUGCGAUUGAUACUGGUUUAUCUGAAAGUCUAGAUAAGAUUGUGACUGCGCUACAUGCGGGAGCCGAAUGUGCGGGGCUACCUAUCUGCAACUGUGUCCUUGUUGCAGGAAGCCAAUCUGGAGCAGUUGGAGCUGAACGGGUGGGUAUGCCGUGCGUUGUUCUACGAAGCAGUUUGACAUCUAGAGCCGAGUUCCCGUUAGCAAUUGCCACUAUGGAUGGGUUUGGAGGUGGAGAUCUGACCAUUUCAAAAUUACGCAAUCUAUGCCAGAAGAAACAACCAAAGGAUUGA